UCGGAAUUCUAAAUGGUCCCGGCGGCGCGGAGCCGGCUGCCACAGUUCGACCCGUUCCUUUGCAGCAGGAGGAGCGCCAUGCAGGGCUGGAGGGCAGCUGUUGUGGAGUGACGAUGGGACGCUGGUCAGGCUUGGAGCCCCGCCGCCCCGCUUGGGCUCUCCUUCUCCUCCUUGUCUUCCUUGGUCUGGUCGCCUCCGAGGAGCGGCUCCGACAGGCCUGCAACAUUUGCCGGGGAAUCACUGAGCGCUUCGGCCAGGGUCUCACAGAUACUGCAAAAAAGAACUUCGGAGGUGGCAAUACAGCUUGGGAAGAAAAAACACUAUCUAAAUAUGAGUCCAGUGAAAUUCGUCUUGUAGAAAUAAUCGAGAACCUAUGUGACAGCAGUAAUUUUGAAUGCAAUAACAUGGUAGAACAGCAUGAAGAGCAUAUAGAAACAUGGUGGUUCAAAUGGAAGAAGAAGUACCCCGAUUUGUUUAAGUGGUUUUGUAUAGAAACCAUUGAAGUUUGCUGUCCUGCUGGAACACAUGGACCAGACUGUAUUGCUUGUCGUGGGGGAGCUGAAAGACCUUGCCAUGGAAAUGGGCGCUGUGAUGGAGAUGGCACAAGAAGUGGUGAUGGCUCAUGCAGCUGUAAAAAAGAAUACAAAGGAGAAUUUUGUUUGGACUGCACUGAUGGCUACUACAACUCUCACAGAAAUGACACACAUUCUGUUUGUACAGCCUGCCAUGACUCAUGUAAAACAUGCACCGGUGCAACUAAUAAAGACUGUAAAGAUUGUAAAGAAGGUUGGAUUAGAAAUGAAGAAGCCUGUGUAGAUGUGGACGAAUGUGCCGUAGAGGACUCUCCAUGCAAGAGUGACCAAUAUUGUUUGAACACAGAUGGCUCAUACUCAUGCAAAGCAUGUGAUCCAAGCUGUUCAGGAUGUACAGGAGAAGGGCCCAGCAAAUGUAAUAGCUGCACAUCAGGCUAUGAAAUGAAGGAUGAAAAAUGCACAGAUGUGGAUGAGUGUACAUUAUCUGAAAAAAUGUGUAUAAGAGAAAAUGAAGACUGUAUCAAUACACCAGGUGCUUACAAGUGUGCCUGCUCAGUGGGCUUUCAAGACAGUGAUGGUGUCUGUGUUCCAACUGUAAAAGCUGAAGAGGAGACGCCAGUCAAUGCUUCUUCACCUAAUGCCCAUGAGGACUUAUGAUCUACAUUCCAAGACAAGAGAGACUGAUUUCAAACCCUUAAGUUAUUGGACUGAACAACCACUACCUGAGAUAAUAUGUUAAUGGUAUUAAGUAAAGGCAAGUUAGUAUGAUUCUCUUUGCAAGUGGAUGAUGAAUUUCCCUUUCAAUUGCAUUUCUUUUAAAAAUGUAAACAGUUGUUACUUUUUAUACUGCUGUAAAACUGUCCUAGUAGAAGUGAUUGGAGAGAGAAAGAUUGCAAACCAUUUUCAGUGUAUUUAAUUAAAGUGAACUACACAUUGUUAUUAAAUGAUUUCUUGUGGAACAAUGAAAACAUGAACUGGUAGAUCAAAUAUUCUUAGAUGUGGAUGGUUUUUCUAUGACUACAACUUGUCUUUUUGAUACUGCUAAAGGGAGGUUUUGUGGACGGGGGGGUGGUUGGACAAUAUUUGUGUAAACUGAAUGUCAAGCGUGGCAUUCAAUAAAAGAUUUAUUUUGGUUGCUUUUUA